CUCGAAUUGAAGACUCGGAAGAUCCAAACUGCGAACGGGUGUUGACUGAAGUCAUGGCCCGGCAGUCAUUUUGCCUUAUUGCACUCACUUGACCAAAUUCUAAGUCGCGUUUUCAAGGACUUCUUAAGUUCUAAACUGAUAAGUUUUCUUUCAAAACUUCAACGCCGCAGAAGCCACUGAAUGUAACUAUAGCCACUCCCAUUUGCAGCCAUGGCCAAGGUGAUCCCCACAGUAGACGGCAUUCCCGUCAUCCCGAUUUCGGCCCCGAGACCUCCGGAGGAAGUCGACAGGAAACCGCUGGAAACGGCGCAGGAUGCUCUCGGCUCUUCACCCCCGUCCCGGCUCGGGCUCCGCAUCUCGGCCGCCUGGUGGAGAUCCCUGCAAUAUGUUGGCAUGACGAUGCACUUCCUUGCUCCUCCGCGCCCGCCGAACCAGUCGUUCACCAAGACGAUCCCGUCCACCAUCUCCAAGACCAAAGGCAGCUUUACCCUCCAAUUCUACACCCCCGCAGGGUACGAACAAGCAACCACACGCGGCGGCACCAAAUUCCCCGCCGUCGUCAACUUCCACGGCGGCGGCUUCACCCUGGGCAGCGCCACCGACGACGCGCGCUUCGCCCGGUUCGUGCUCGAGGACUGCAACGCCGUCUUCGUCAGCGUCGACUACCGCCUCAGCCCGGAGAACCCUUUUCCCGUGGCCGUCGAGGACGCGGCGGACGCGCUGCUCUACGUGAUCCGCUUUGCGGGCGAUCUGCACAUUGAUCCCUUCAAGCUGGCGGUAUCCGGCUUCUCUGCCGGCGCGAACCUCGCGCUUACCGCCCCGCUCUGCCUGGCGGAGCAUCUCAAGACCGUGCGGGCAUCGGGUCUGGAUGUCCCCGCCCACUGUAUUCGUGCUACCGCCACGUGGUAUCCUACUACGGAUUAUACUGUGUCGCGGGCUGUGAAGAGGGCGAAUUCGGUGAGGCCUGACCAGACGCUGCCGGAUAUGCUGACGUCGUUGUUUGAUGCGUCGUAUUUGCAUCCGCCGAGUUUGAAGCUGGCGCAUCCGUGGUUGUCCCCUAGCAAGGCUACGGAUGAGGAGUUGGCGGAGGGGAUUCCGGAGAGGGUCAUUUUCUAUACGUGCGAGUGGGAUAUGCUGCUGAAAGAGGGUGAGCUGUUUGCUAAGCGGCUGGGGAGCGCCCCGAUUAAUAAGGACGUGCGCUACAAGAUGAUUCCGGGAGUGCCGCAUGCUUGGGACAAGUCGCCGGACCCGACUAAGCUGCCGCCGGGGGCGGAAGAGCUGUAUCGUGAGUGCUGUAGGGAGUUGAGGGAGGCUUUUGAGAAGGAUUGAUACCCGGGAUGGCAUUAUCUGUUUUGUGAGACGAGUCUGGGCACACAACAUUUCUGUUUUCGUACCUCGCUUAUGUGACGUCGCUCACUCCGGCUCAGGGCCGGGGGUGGAAUGGAGACCACCCAAGGACGAGGCGUACGGGAGGGUAGCCGUGUGGAAGGGUUUAUAUGGGAAUUCGAGUGAUUUGGUGCAACACAACCAGAAAAUGGCGGGAAACGAGCAAUGAAGUCAUCGAUGGUUUCUGGCUCACAUCUCCUUACCUUAUUUAACUCAUGAUCUACUCAUGAUGGGAGAUGGUAAAGAGACCGCGAACCUUGUCACUUUCCACAUGCAUACGUAAGGAAGCGCCCUGGCCUUGCCAGAGGGCACCAUAUGAGACAAAUCCGAUUCA